AUGGCUAUCAGCGAAAUCGUCUCUGACGAGUCGCUGCUCCCCGUGCUCGGCACCACCGCCGAGACCCUGGCCCAAUGCCAGCAGCUGAUAGCGCUGUUGAACCCCGAGAACAGCCCGACUGAUCCCACCGGCCUCCAAGAGCUGUCCUUGGCGGCGUCUAAACAGCAAAAGAUCCUCUUCGCACGGCUCGCUCAGCUGCGCGGCCAAAACCGGGACGCCAUCUUUCGUGUGCGCGACACCAAACAUGCCACCGCCGAGGCUCGUCAGGAGAUCGACCGACUGCAUCUCCAAUUGCAGAACUUGUACUACGAGCAGAAGCACCUGACAGGCGAAAUCGCCGCCUGCGAGUCCUACGAUCAUAAAUACCUUUCGCUGCCUUUGAUCCCGGUUGAAGAAUUUUUGGAAUUGUUUCCCGAACAUCGCGAAUCUAAUGAACACGACCUGAUGGUGGCGCGCAUCAACCACGAACAUGCGGAACGAGAGAAACUCGAACAGGCACGUCAGGAGCUGCUCAAGCGCAAGCAAGCGUUGAUCGCAGAGAACAAGAAGCGCAAGGAUGACCUAGCCAACCUAGACAAGGAUCUGGAGAAAUUCAUUGACCUCGUCCUACCCGAAGCGGCUGUGCCACCUGUUCCCCCUUCUCCGCCUUCAGCCUUUCCGACUCUACUCCAGCACGCCAAAGCGCCAGCAUUUCGAGUCAACAUUGCUCUGGCGGUGCGUCUCCAGGGCACAAAGCAUGCCCCGACCAUGACGAGCCAAACUGGAGACCAUGAGUCUCUUCAAACGGUCACGUCGACAGCCGACCUCAAAUCCAUCACUCAGCGCGUCCCGCCCCCCGAGACCCCAGAAGCUAUCCAAACGCGGUUUCGCGUCAUUGCUGCCUUUUGGGCGGUGAUCAUCUUCCUUGGAUUUCCGAUAUGGUGGAAAACAACUUCGAUUUACCGGGCGCAUCUGCCCAUCCAGGACAUGGUGGACUGGGCUGAUGGCAAGGCAUGUCGCCCGGUCUUUCCACUUGAAAUUCACGUCGUAGCGCCGGCGAUGCAAUCACCUGAGUCGCAGCACCUUGUCCGCACGACUCAGCAUGCGCUCGACGAUCUCAAUGAAUUCGCCGCCCACCACCUUCGCCUCAAGUUGACGAACGAUACCGACACUUCCGUGACACAGAACAUCGAUAAUAACCCGGCUCUACGUGCGGAUACCACUCAGCUCGAUAUCUUCUACCCACCCAGCCAAGCUCCCAUUCCCUCCUCUUCGAACCCACCACUUUCAAUUUUUAUUGCAGAAGAGCUGCAACGGCUAUACAGUGAGGAGAAGGCGACGAUUGCUUAUAUCCUUUCCGGCGAGGCUGCCGGCCAUGACCUGGAAAGCAUUAGCCGACGCUUGCGCCGGUCAAUGAAGUACGCUGAUACAUAUCAUCUGUCCUUCUCCUUGUUUACGCCUGGCUCUGCGCCGUCCUCUUGGGACAUUGAAGCCGCUGUACAGGAGUACCUAUCCCCUCUGCUGCACGCAUUUGGCCCUAUAAGCAACUUCACCAUCGACACCCAGGUUCAGCUCUAUGCAACCUUUUCACCCAUGGCACCGCCACCAGUAUAUGACCAGACGGAGGCGGCAUGGACACUGAAGAAGGAGGAUCUUAGCGCUUUUAUCAAUGCUGCGGAGUGGCCGCUGAACCCGAGCAUCGGUAACGGCCCUACUCUCAACUUCAUCCUCUAUGUCCCGGAUCCUUCUCAGUCCCCGAUGGUCGUCAAGGAGAAUCGUGCUUCGAGUUGGAUUAUCCCGCAAUGGGGUGGCGUUUUUCUCCUCAAUCCGCCUCUGGCUCAGGCCGACAAGAGCGGUAGCCAGGCAAACCCAACCCAUAUCUCUCAAGAGGUUUUACGACCGGCGUUCCUAACCUUUUCCCACCAACUUCUAACCCUCCUUGGCACCCCAACUACUCCUGCCUCUCUCCCUCUCCGCCUCCAAACAUUGAUUCGAGUCCGUGCUGCAACCCUUCUUCUUUCCGCUUCAUCCACGAUGGGUUCCCUCGCCCGUCUCACUGAAUCCCUUCCUUCUAUCCCCAUCCCAGCUACCGUUGCAUCCUCUGUCUCUACGACUCUUACUCAUCUCUCUUCCGCCUGCUCUCAUCUCCGCGAGGGCCGCUUUAGUGCUGCUCUCGCCAGUGCGCGCAUCGCAGAGACGGAAGCUGAGCGCAGCUUCUUCGAGAAGAGUAUGGUUGGUCAAGUAUAUUUCCCAGAUGAGCACAAGGUUGCCGUCUAUCUACCUCUACUGGGUCCAAUUGGUGUCCCAUUACUAGUUGGUUUGAUGAAGGAACUGAAGCGACUCGUGGCAGGCUGGAAGGCGCGGAAGCGCGCCACGGCAUAG